GUCCUUCUCGCCGAUAAGCGGGUAUACUCGACACUCGGUUUCUCCGGCACCGAAUUAGUAUUGGCCUGCUGUGCUGUUACGUAUGUUACAUCGCCGAUCGUGUGGUUACGUCUUCUGAUUGGCGAACGUCGGCCGGCAGAUCGUAACAGUUGAAACGCGUCCAAAGACGACGCAACAUGGUACACAGCAAGGUGGUUUGAUCAUGAUGGGUUGUGCGCGCGUUUUGAUCCUUUUGGCGGUAAUCGCACCGGUUACGGUGGUGCUAGUUCAAGGACAGCUAGAGGUGGCUAUCGAGGAACCCAGGUUCAGCACUUUUUUGAAUAGGAUUACUAAUACUACCUUUGAUUUAAUACGAGGUGGAGUCAAUAUAUUCGGCAAGACUAUCGAUAGGAUUAUAAAUACAUUCGUUAGAAUAGAAGACAGGUUGAGAGCAUUGCUAGAGCUGUUUAGGAAACAGUUGAUCAAAGGUGUCCCCGAACUGAACAUUCCUAUUUUGGACCCUCUACACAUCAAUAAGAUUGACUUCGAUCUGCAUCAUGAAGCAGCUAAAUUGAAAGGAUAUGCAGAAGAUGUCACGAUUCAACACAUAUCAAAAUUUGUUGUUGACAAGGAGCGCUUUUCCGAUCUGGGUCAGUUGAGAUUCAAACUUGACCUGAACCUUACGUUCCCUAUCAUUAAAGUAAAUGGAUUAUACAAAGUAGCUGGUCUCAUUGGGAAUUCGUUCCAGAUUCACGGUGAAGGUCCAUUCAGGUUAAACUUGGUAGACCUGAAGCUUGGAACCUCGACAAUAUUGAAAUUCAACCUACCAGCAAGACUCAGGGUACAAAAGAUGGAUUUAAAAGUCAAACUGACAAGCCUUGAGAAUAAUUUUGAGGGCUUGAUGAACGACUCGGAAACUGGGGCAUUGUUCAAUAAGGCCAUCUCAAAGCUCGCACCAGAGGCGUUAGAUAUUUUGUGGCCUGAAAUCAAACCUUCUGUGGAAGCUCAGGUCAAAAAGUACAUCAAUAGUAUAUUAGAAAAUGCCACGGUGGUGAAUAUUGCCAAGAGAUUAUUCAACAUUACCUGAAAGAUGCAAGAGUACUGUUAACUUAUACUGCUUUAGGUAGGUAGCUAGUCUUCUUUAGUACCAUAGUCUCUACACAAUUCAUUAUUAAUAGUGCGGCAGUUCAGGGGUCUGACAUUUUACCGGAACGUGGAUUGGAAUGCAAUAAGUACUCAUCCAUACCUUUCGUUUAAUAAGUGGUGCCUAAGCGACACUAGCGGUGCGACCGAUAUACAGGAUGUAGUAUAUGCGAAGGCACAAAUUCGUGAUUUCGAUAUUCAGUUGCAUUCGGUCGCUUCAAGCAGUUUUUCUGUGAAAUUUCGGCUUCAUUUUGUUCUCAAUACCAGCCAUGUGUUGCACCAAAGCCGGCCGAACUGGAUAUACGGAGGAAAAAUGGUUUGCUAUCAGCGCGAUUACCCCUACCACUACAAUUGCAUGGAGCAAAAUUCUAGGAUCCUCAAUUGAUGCCACUUGGGCAUCACUUUUCAAAAGUGAGACAUCAGGUUCGUUCUCCAUAAUGAGUUUCAUUCCGGAACAACAAAGUGCAGCGGUCCAAAAAAGGUCCCUGAUUGCGGACUAUAAGACUUCGUAUUUCUGGAAAACCCGGAUAAUGACAGUUUUCAUUCCGGUGAAAAAUGUCAGUGUUCGGUAGAUUUUUUGGGUCUUCACCAUCAAACUAAACCGAAUUUGUACUUCAGCAAGAAAAUGUUGUGUAUGUGGUCGAACAAUCAAAGACCAAUGAAAAACUACACAACUAAAUUUUGAGAUGUAUCGUCCGCAAUUAGGUGUUGAGCCAGCACACCAAGAGAAAAGACCACGUACUUCAAAAACCUGUCAAAAAAUCGCAGAGCUAAGUUGAGAAAUUCCAUCCCCCAUACUUGUCAGUCUUACAACAUACAAAUUGGUCUCAUUAUAUUAUUCGGUAAGGCUCAUCCAAGGUAUAAAAACAAAUUGAUAUAACCUAAAAAAAGUCACUUUAAGGUAUUCCUAAUAACAAAAUCGAUCGGAUAGAAACCAGCCCUUAUAUUUCCCAACACAGAUACUGAAUCUAUUUGUUCAUUUGCAUCUCAGGACCAGUUUUAACAAAUGUUUUUCUUUCUCUUUUGCAGUAGGUUUAUGAUGUCUCAUAAUACGGAGGUCAGUAUUGCCAAGAAACACUAUUUCGUCACCAUCCUAUUAGACUACAAUUACAACUAUUAGAGCAACAAUGUUUUUAUAUAAGUCCAUUUAUUCUAUUAAGAGCUUGGACAGCACUUAUGACUCAUUACUCACGAUUUUAAAGUUUUACGCCAUUUCCAAGUCAGAAUAAGAUGAAUUAUCUCUAUUUCCCACCAACUUGGAUUGGAUUUGAUAACCAUAUUAUCAAAGGAUGUUUAUAUUCAGUCUUACAAAUUGUAUGAUGCGAAUAUUCUCGAAUCCAUAUCAAGGCUAGAUUUUAUACUUCCUUUUCAAAUAAGCAGUGAUAGUGAGUUGAGUAGGUCAGAUGGGUCGAAGCUCUUCUUAUGAUAAGGCGCACAAGCCUAUUUUACAUAUACAGAAAUUAGAUUUUAACUUAAUACUUUAUAUUACUUUCAAGUAGGUAGACUGUGAUAUGUUUUAUAUAGUAUAUGACCAAUAUUGCAUUAUGUACACGUGUAACAUAUAAUUUUAUGUUCUUCUGGUUUUGGCUUAUUGCAAGAUAGUCAAGUUAUUAUAAUGUUCAUUAACCAGAGUAUAUAUGGUGCAAACCUUGGGAUUUUAGAUCUUGAUUACAAUAGAACCAAGUAAUAGGCAACAUCAACAACAGUUGCGUAACAUCAACAAUUUAUAGCAUUUCGCACAAAAGAGGAAACCAGUAUUUUAUUACUUGCAUUUAGAGAGUGCGUGGAGAUUUUUUAAGCCGUUAUAUUUAUCACUUAGAUUUUAACCUUACCUACGUCAAAAGCAAUUGUUACUAAACGGGGUUACCAAAUUCUACUUGUCUAAGUUACCUACACGAUUUUCACAAGUAUUGCAUUUCUGAAUAACAUCUCAUGAAUAUAGUGUGGCAUGGUUGCUAAUAUUACAUUUGGUUUUGCUUUGUAUAUAUUGUACCUUAGAGAUUUAGUAAACAAAGAUUUGUUAAGAUA